UGCGCAUGCGCAUUGCAGUGUUUCGUGCGGCGCAGCUCAGGCUCGGUUGAAAGAAAGGAUGAGGACAGCAGCGGAUUCAUGAACACGCACAGAUGCUGAUGAGAGACUCGCUGAUCAACGGAAGACGACGCAUGGUGUCAGAGAAUGCCACGGCAAACCGAGACUUUACAUUUAUUCACUUUAAAGGAAGGCCUAUUUACUAGGUUGUUUGUUUUUGACUUGAAGUCGUAAGUGCAGCUAAUGCUGCAUAUCCUCAAAUUAAAAUGCCAGCGGGGCUGAAUGCGCAAGGCAGCGGUAUACCUACUUCAGAUACGACGGGGUCAUUUAAGAGGAGGAAAAGAAAGUCAAUCAUUGUAACAGGGAUGCUUCUUAUUGUAUCCAUACUUAUCCUAAUCUUUGGGCUGGCUGCUACCACUAGGACACAAAACAUCACCGUGGGUGGCUACUAUCCAGGAGUCAUUCUUGGCUUCGGAUCGUUUCUUGGAAUCAUCGGCGCCCAUUUGAUAGAGAAUAAGAGGCAGAUGCUGGUGGCCUCCAUUGUGUUUAUCAGCUUUGGCGUGGUGGCCGCCUUCUGUUGCGCUAUUGUGGACGGAGUUUUCGCUGCAAGACAUAUAGACCUGAGACCUCUGUAUGCUGGCCGUUGUGAAUAUUAUUCAGGCGGAGCAUCAUUUGAUAUAGAUGUCCACUGUAUGACUGCAUCUCGGGUCUCCUGUAACCUGCGCGUGAAGAGCAACACCUGCUACUGCUGUGACCUUUACAACUGUGGCAAAGAGCAUCCUCUUAUGGGACUUCAGAAUAAAGAGGUUUUGAAAAAAUUUAGGAAAUCCUCCAUGAUUUGGAACCGAGUGGAGCUGCGAGGAGGAUACCAUGAGUACACAGAGGUCCGAAGCUGCCAGGAUGUCGUGCAUCUUUACCAUCUGCUGUGGUCUGCUACUAUCCUCAAUGUCAUUGCACUGUUUCUGGGCAUCAUCACAGCAGCGGUUCUAGGUGGCUUUAAGGACAUGAUGCCGUCAGCAGCACCAGAUUCCUGUGAGCCAGAACCUCUCCCUAUACCUCCACCCCCAGCGAGCCCUGGACCCACCGCCUCCAAUAACUCUUUUUACAACACUGCCCCCUGCUUACCUCCAUACACUGCCUAUGACCUUCAGGGCGCCAGCCUGUUUCCUGACUCUUCAGGCCUGUCUGAUGAUUCCCAGUCUGGAGCCAGUCACAUGUGGCCAACUAUGAUCCCACCUCGGUAUUCUCCUCCCUAUUACCCACCCGAUGAGAAGCCCCCUCCAUACAGCCCCUAAGGGACCAACCUGAGGAUCAAAACCACAUGGGCAUCUUUGGAUAUUAGUGUCGGAAAUCACGAACAAUUUUGCAGAGGAGCCUCUUCAAAUAGAGACGUCUCAUCUGCGCCGUUGGUUAGAAAGGGAAUCACCGAGACUACAGCAUUAACCACAAGCAUUCAUCAUCAUAGAGCAGAUGUAAUAUGCUACAUUAAAUCUUGAGAAGAGUUGUCCACGUCUACAAACCUGAUGUGUAAAAUAUUCAUGCUAUAUAUAGGCUCUGUUCAAGAGGCCUAUCUAGCCUCACUAUGAGAUCAAGACUGUUCACAGAUAAGCCUUAAAAAAAAAACAUGUCUGCUUCCUGUACAGUUCUCUUCUUAUUAGUGCCGUUCUGUCAUCCUCUCAAUGUGAACGUCUCCCUUUCAAAGUGGCACUAAGUGUCGGUUCUGCAUCUCCUCUGCUGUUUCAGCAUGAGGAUGAAUCUAAUAUCUUACCUUGCAAUUGAUUUUGCACUUUAAUGUCUUCAGAUUUUACUGUAUUCACAGUUCUAUUACUUGAGUUAUUUUUAACUGUUUUCGGCAGCUAGAUUGCAAAGAACUACUGUACAUAUAUUAAGGCUGAAUCUUACUUCUAGAUUAAGAUCUAACCUUUAAUAUGUGGCGUUUCUUUUGCAUCGAGUCAAGCACACAA